AUGAAGCCUCCCGUGAAUGAAACUGAAAUUGAGAAAGGUCUUCCUAAGACCAACACGUUAAAGGAAGCCAUUACUAGAUCACGAUACCCGAUACCUAAUUUCGCGGAGCCACUUCCCCAACACUACUUAGAAGGAUUGCAAGGCUACGCAAAAUCUCUUUCCGAUGCGGACCUGAACAAUCCUGCAAUUUCAUAUCAUGGCACUCUUCGACUCUACAGUCUCCAGCACACAGCCCAAGAGUUGAAUGCUCUCAGCAAUAAAGCCCUGAAAGCAGGAAAUCCGACAUGGCAUGACCUUGAGCGUUUAAGGCUGCUGCUUCAUGAUCAUGCCACUGCGCUGAAAGACCUCGAAUACAUCAACGAACACCUCGUAGGUGUCUCCGAAAAGGGUGUUUUCAACUACAACCAAAAAGUCCACCAAAAUAACCUCUCAACCGACACUUCAGCAGGUUGGCUCUACGGAAUCCCUCACAGUGAUAGGACGCCGUCUCGUCUACACACUUUUCUUCAAUCUCAUUUACCGAGAUUCCUUUCCUGGUCCGUUACAGAAAAGUUGUCGCAGCCUUAUUAUUAUGAUACAGGUCAUUUACCGAACGAGAUUUCUACACCUAUCCGGAUCAUCGCUGGGUUACUUGUAAGUCUAGCGAGUGCGUGCUGUAUCAUUGUUCCUGUAGUUGUGAUGAGUUUCAACCCGGGAAAGGCGAAGAAUCUUAUUACUGUCGGGAUUUGCGUGCCGCUAUUUGGAUUUGUACUUGCAGCUUUUGUUAGAGUGAGAAGUGAAGCUGUUUUUGUAGCUACAGCAACUUAUGCGGCGGUACUGGUAGUCUUCGUGGGUGCUAGUGGACCGAGUAGUGGGACGAAUUGA